AUGGAAAACACACUUCCAGACAUUCAAAAGGACAGCACCGAGGAUCUUUACGAUUGUGGGUGGGACGAUCCGAUGGAUAACACAACUAUCAAGGAGCAACCGGAAGUGUCUGAGAUGAGAGAGGAAAUUGAUGUCAUUGACCUGACAUCGCCAGAGGGGAGAGAAGUUAUAGACCUUACAUCUUUACCUGCCACCUCAAGGUGGUCCUCUUCACCAGCUGAUCCCAAUGCGUUUGAGGAGGCCGAAGAGUCCAUGCGUCGAGCUAUCCAACGACUAAAUAGCAUAGGACAUAAUGACUUCGAUCAAUAUAUACACAGCAUUGUCACACCAGCGGUCGCACGUGUGCCUGACCCUCGGCUGGCAAUCACAUUCAUGGCAAAUCGAAGUUUGUUUGGUGCAUACGCAGAUGCCAAAGAUCGGGUGACCGAACUCGGUGCAGAUGUCAUUAAUAUUCACCGUUUGCUCAACAUUCACUGCCGGAUAAUGGACCCACUAGAUGCCAUGAUCACCAGUAUAGAGCAGCGGCAGCCUCGCAUGCAUUGA